CCAGUGGAGAGGUGGGAGGUGGGAGAGGCCCCAGCCAGGGGCUGGGACAGGUGGCUGGGUCCCUGGGGAGCAAUAAGUCCCGCUUGGGCGCUGUGGGGAGGCCCUUCCUAACUCCCAAACACCAUCUGUGAGGGCUGGGGGUGGGGGCAGAGUAGCGUGUGCAGAGGACUGUUCCUGGGGAGAGGCCCUGUGACCAGCGGCCUCCUCCCUGGGGAGCUGGUGGUACAAUGGCCCUCUGGGCCCACGGCCUCCCGCCGCUGCUGCUGACCCAGAUGAACAAUUGGGGCAGGGCUGAGCCCCAGGCACCUACUUUCCCCCACCCCAGAAGCCACCAGACGUUCUGCAGACCCCAGUCCUGGCUCACAGGGAAGCUGAGCUGGAGACAAAGCCAGCCCCUCUGAUGAGGGUGGAAGAGGCUGCUGGCCACUGUCCCUCUUGCAGCCUGGCUGGCAGCCAGUCUGGCAGUGGCCCUGACGUCCAGAGACAGCUUGGGUUUCCCCAGAGGCUUGUCUCUGGCCAGUGGGACCCCUCUGUCAGGCCUGGGCUUUUCUCUCCACUGUCCCAGAAUGAUGAUCUCAGCCCCCAUAGUCCCCCCAGGGUUCCUCCCACCCUUAGGGUGGGGUGUCGGGGGGUGGGGGUUGGGAGCCAGAAGGACCUUGAAGAGGGUGGUUGGGACGUUUCAGGUUCUAAGCUUGACCCACAGAGCAGAGCGUGAGCCCCGUCAGGUUGAGGUCCCUCAACUUGUAAAGGACACAAUUCCCAUUUUCUUUAUCAGGAAGCUGAGGGGCAGGGGCCCUGUGGCAGAGAGAGAGCCCCUUAGCCCUCUCUGUUCAGUCCUCCGGUGCCCCCAUCUCUGUGCAUCUGUGGCUGUCACAUGCAGUUGUGUGGCAAGGAGAAGGUGCCCACCAGCCAGUGUCAGUUGCUCCAGGAGGCAAGCCAGGUGCCCUAUCACCCUGUCUUCCCGUUCCUCCCCUCCAUGGUCAGGCCCUCCUGCUCCCUCCUCUGGUCCUUCAGUUUCCCCUAGGAGGCUUCCGUGUCCUCCUGCCCCUCCUCUCCCAAACAGCGUGAUGCGUCUGCCUCUCCAUUCUCUUCCUCCUGGUCCUUGCUCAUCUCUGGUUGUGUCCAGGGUAGCACCCACGUGGCCUCCGCCACCAGCUGCAGGCCUGGCCUCCCAUCUGAAACGGGGCAUUCAGGCCUCGAUGCUGGCCCUGCAGGGAACUUGUUCCCUGCCCCUCCCUGGGAUGCUUGGCCUCCUCUGUCAAGGACCUGAAAGUCGGAGGGGAGGAGGUUUCUCUGACCAGAGCUGUUCCUGGACCCUCUUUGGUGGUGUCGCUCCCAGGCACAGCUACCCCAUCCCCAGCUAGUCCCCAGGCCACCCAGCUGGGCUUCUGCCUCAGUUUCCCUGCCCAAACGUGCUGUGACGUAGGGCAGUGGGCUCCGGGUUGCGACCAGCCCCUUCCCAUGAUUAAACCCUACUCCCUGCCCCUGCAGAGGGGUCCUCAACAGCUAACCAAGCCCCCGGACCCCAAGAAGCCACCCCAUCCCACCCUCCAGCUUCCAUGUCCUCCCUGCCAGCUGGGCCCAUGGCAGAGGUGCAGCUAGAAACUUGCAGACCCAGGGAGCUUUGGGAUCAGAAUCUGGCCUGGUGCAGGGGAUGCUGGCCUCAUGUCUUAGCCCAGCUCAGGCCCAUGGGGGUGCUCCCCUUCCUCAACAUGGGCAGGAGACACUCCAAUUUGUGCAGCUCUCGACUUGGGCCUGAUACCACUUCAGACUCAUCAAAUCCAACAGCUUCAGAGCGCGUGCUGAGUAACAGGCAUCUGGCAGGUGAGGAAACAGGAGCCCAAGACAUGCAGCCAGAAAUGGGGCAGUUGGAUUCAAAAUUAGACCUGACCGAAUCCUGGGUUCCUUCUACUCGAGUAGAUGCUGCUUUGGGGAUGACCCUUCAACUGGUGGUUACUUGGCUUCCCUACCCGGGGAACAUCCAGGGCCUCUGCUGUCAGACCCGGGGCCUUGCCUGCCUGAUGGUCUUCAGGGAGGAGGCGACCCAGACCCCCGUCCAGCACGUGGCACAGCCCCAGGAGCAGUAAAGACCUGGCUGUGGGCCCAGGACCCUGCUGGGUGGUCCCCCACGGGCUGCGAAGGCUGAGCUGCCCCCCUCCAGACCCCUCCCGCCAGCGCAUUCCUGGCUCCCCGGCCCCUCCCCUGGCUCCCGGGCCUCCCAGCCCCCUUCCCCGCUGGCCCAGCCCGCGUCUGAAUCUGCUUCUGAUUCCAACUCUGAGAUGAGGCCCCCUCCCCUCCCUCCUUCCCGACCCGAGCAGCCCCGCCCCCGGCUGGGCCCGGGCUUGCGCCUGCUGCGCCCCCCACCCCCUCCUGGCACAGCUCGUCCGCCCUCGCUGCAGCCGGGAGGAGGCGGCGGCCCGUGCACCGCAGGCCCCGCCCGCCCACGGCCCUUCCCGGGAGGCCGGGAGACCUGCUCCGCCCGGCCCUCGGUGGGUGAGUGCGAGCGGCGGGUGGGGCCUCCGCGGGCGGAGGCACCGGGAGCGGGGGCGACGCCUGUCAUCGCUCUAGGCCCAGCGGGAGGACGCGCCAACAUCCCCGCUGCUGUGCUGGGCCCGGGGCGUGCCCGCCGCUGCUCCCACCUCUGGGCCGGGCUGGGGCCGCCCGGGGGCCCUGUUCCUCGGCAUUGCGGGCCUGGUGGGCAGAGCCGCGGAGAGGGCUUCUUUUCCCCGAGGGCAGCGUCUUGGGGCCCGGCCACUGGCUGACCCGCAGCGGCUCCGGCCAUGCCUGGCUGGCCCUGGGGGCUGCUGCUGACGGCAGGCACGCUCUUCGCCGCCCUGAGCCCUGGGCCGCCGGCGCCCGCCGACCCCUGCCACGAUGAGGGGGGUGCGCCCCGCGGCUGCGUGCCAGGCCUGGUGAACGCCGCCCUGGGCCGCGAGGUGCUGGCUUCCAGCACGUGCGGGCGGCCGGCCACACGGGCCUGCGACGCCUCCGACCCGCGACGGGCACACCCCCCCGCCCUCCUUACUUCCCCAGGGGGCACGGCCAGCCCUCUGUGCUGGCGCUCGGAGUCGCUGCCUCGGGCACCCCUCAACGUGACUCUCACGGUGCCCCUGGGCAAGGCUUUUGAGCUGGUCUUCGUGAGCCUGCGCUUCUGCUCAGCUCCCCCAGCCUCCGUGGCCUUGCUCAAGUCUCAGGACCAUGGCCGCAGCUGGGCCCCGUUGGGCUUCUUCUCCUCCCACUGUGACCUGGACUAUGGCCGUCUGCCUGCCCCUGCCGAUGGCCCAGCUGGCCCAGGGCCUGAGGCCCUGUGCUUCCCUGCACCCCUGGCCCAGCCUGAUGGCAGCGGCCUUCUGGCCUUCAGCAUGCAGGACAGCAGCCCCCCAGGCCUGGACCUGGACAGCAGCCCAGUGCUCCAAGACUGGGUGACCGCCACCGACGUCCGUGUAGUGCUCACAAGGCCUAGCACAGCGGGUGACCCCAGGGACAUGGAGGCCAUCGUCCCUUACUCCUACGCAGCCACCGACCUCCAGGUGGGCGGGCGCUGCAAGUGCAAUGGACAUGCCUCACGGUGCCUGCUGGACACACAGGGCCACCUGAUCUGCGACUGUCGGCAUGGCACCGAGGGCCCUGACUGCGGCCGCUGCAAGCCCUUCUACUGCGACAGGCCAUGGCAGCGGGCCACUGCCCGGGAAUCCCACGCCUGCCUCGCUUGCUCCUGCAACGGUCAUGCCCGCCGCUGCCGAUUCAACAUGGAGCUGUACCGACUGUCCGGCCGCCGCAGCGGGGGUGUCUGUCUCAACUGCCGGCACAACACUGCCGGCCGCCACUGCCACUACUGCCGGGAGGGCUUCUAUCGAGACCCUGGCCGUGCCCUGAGUGACCGUCGGGCUUGCAGGGCCUGCGACUGUCACCCGGUUGGUGCUGCUGGCAAGACCUGCAACCAGACCACAGGCCAGUGUCCCUGCAAGGAUGGCGUCACUGGCCUCACCUGCAACCGCUGCGCGCCUGGCUUCCAGCAAAGCCGCUCCCCAGUGGCGCCUUGUGUUAAGACCCCUAUCCCUGGACCCACUGAGGACAGCAGCCCUGUGCAGCCCCAGGACUGUGACUCGCACUGCAAACCUGCCCGUGGCAGCUACCGCAUCAGCCUAAAGAAGUUCUGCAAGAAGGACUAUGCGGUGCAGGUGGCGGUGGGUGCGCACGGCGAGGCGCGCGGCGCGUGGACACGCUUCCCGGUGGCGGUGCUCGCCGUGUUCCGGAGCGGAGAGGAGCGCGCGCGGCGCGGGAGUAGCGCGCUGUGGGUGCCCGCCGGGGAUGCGGCCUGCGGCUGCCCGCGCCUGCUCCCCGGCCGCCGCUACCUCCUGCUGGGGGGCGGGCCUGGAGCCGCGGCUGGGGGCGCGGGGGGCCGGGGGCCCGGGCUCAUCGCCGCCCGCGGAAGCCUCGUGCUACCCUGGAGGGACGCGUGGACGCGGCGCCUGCGGAGGCUGCAGCGACGCGAACGGCGGGGGCGCUGCAGCGCCGCCUGAG